UCUUACGGAGCGUCGUGAGCCUGAGUCUCGUCCUCCGUCGCCUGAGUCUCGUCCAGAGUCGCCUGUGUCGCGUCUAGAGUCGCCUGUCCGCGCUGUCCGCGCUGGUCGUCGUGCUCCGCGUCAGCGUCCUCCUCCUGUCCUUGGCACUCACUAUAUGACCUUGCGUCCUUCCACUGCUCCACAGCGUGUCCCUCUGCCGUCUCCUCCUGCGUCCUCUCUUCCUGACGUUGCUGACCCGCCAUCAGACCUUGCUCGUGCUGCCAGUCCUACUGUCACGCGUUUCCUCGCUAUUGUUGUCACUGACCCUACCUUUGAGUCCUCUGCUGCGUCUGCUCUAGUCGCUGAGCUUGUUGACUUUGCUGCCGCCUGUCGUCUAGACUACGCCGCUAGCCUUGUUGCUGAGUCUGAGUCUGUUUGUCCUCCGUCCGUCGGGGGUGAGUGUGCUCUUGGCACGGACGUCCUUGAGGACAGACAGGAGGAGUUUGAGUGCUUUGCUGCUGCUUUACCUCAUCUCGUGUCCAUGCUGAUUGCCCCUGAGGGAGACCCGGAUGCACCAGACAUCCCGACCCCACGCUCUUACGCAGAGGCGAUGGAGGGUCCCUACUCCUCUCAGUGGCAGACAGCCAUGGACGCAGAGAUGGCUUCCUGGAAGUCCACAGGCACCUACAUCGACGAGGUUCCUCCACCUGGGGCGAACAUCGUCAGUGGCAUGUGGAUUUUCAGGGUGAAGCGGCCGCCGGGUUCUCCGCCUGUCUUCAAGGCGCGUUACGUUGCACGAGGCUUCAGUCAGCGAGAGGGAGUUGACUUCUUCCAGACCUUCUCCCCGACCCCGAAGAUGACCACUCUUCGGGUUCUGCUGCACGUCGCCGCUCAGCGUGACUACGAGCUCCACUCUCUUGACUUCAGCACUGCGUUCCUACAGGGCAGCCUGCACGAGGAGAUCUGGCUGCGUCGCCCACGUGGCUUCACUGGGUCGUUCCCUCCUGGUACCCAGUGGAGCCUCCGGCGGCCAGUCUACGGUCUCCGCCAGGCACCCCGUGAGUGGCACGACACACUGAGGACUACUCUUGCUGCUCUUGGGUUUGCUCCUUCCACUGCUGACCCGUCGCUGUUUCUACGCACCGACACCACUCUGCCGCUGUUCUACGUUCUAGUGUACGUAGACGACUUGGUCUUUGCUACUGCUGACACUGAGGCACUCGCCCACGUGAAGUCGGAGCUGCAGAAGAGACACACGUGCACAGACCUGGGUGAACUGACAAGCUAUCUUGGCUUGCGGAUCACCCGGGACAGAGCACAGCGCACCAUCACCUUGACUCAGUCACACAUGGUGCAGCAGGUCCUUCAGCGCUUCCGCUUCACGUACUCCUCGCCUCAGCCCACUCCUCUGCCUACCGAUCACUCGCUCUCAGCUCUGCCUUCGGAUGAGUCCGUAGAGCCGAGUGGCCUGUAUCCAGAGCUUGUGGGCUGCCUCAUGUACCUGAUGACCUGCACUCGACCUGACCUUGCAUACCCUCUUAGCAUCCUAGCACGCUAUGUCGCUCCUGGCCGUCACCGGAAGGAGCACAUGGAUGCCGCUAAGAGGGUGUUGCGCUACUUGUGCAGUACGUCGGGCAUGGCGCUUGUGCUUGGAGGACGGAGAGACGUUGUCCUCACUGGGCACUCAGACGCUUCUUGGGCUGACGACCAGGCUACGCAGCGGUCGUCUCAGGGUUACACCUUCAGUCUUGGCUGUGGUUCAGUAUCUUGGCGUUCUACUCGCUCGUCUUCAGUUCUCAGCUCCAGUUGUGAGGCUGAGAUCUACGCCACAGCCAUGGCUGCACAGGAGUUACGCUGGCUCACCUACCUGCUGACCGACCUGGGCGAGCGGCCUCGUUCUCCUCCAGUGCUGUACGUCGACAACAAGGCAGCCAUUGCCUUGUGUCAGGAGCACAGACUGGAGCACAGAACGAAGCACAUCGCUCUGCGUUACUUCCUUGCUCGAGAGCUGCAGCAGCGUGGUCAGCUUCGUCUUUCGUACGUGGCCACUCGGGCCAACAUUGCUGAUGUGUUCACCAAGGCGCUUCAGCCUUGUGAUCAUCAGCGUUUCUGUACUGUUCUAGGCCUUGUGCCUACUGUCCCUCACUUGCUCACUUCUUGA